CCAGCACUCUCAAUCAACUCCAACAUGUCCGCCCAAUUCGCUCGUGGCCCUUAUGCCGAUGACCGCAGCUUCCCUGUUGCUGAGCUUCAGACUAUUUCCUUCGCCAAACUCGCCAGUCGCGACCCCGAAGAGCAGCACAGACUCAUGAUUGCUGCCGAACAGGAUGGUUUCUUCUAUCUCAACCUCUUGGAUGCAGAAAGCAAAGGUCUCUGGGAUGAUUACAAGAAUGUCCUCAACAUCAUGGCUUCUUGGUUCGAAAGUCCCAUGGAAGACAAGGUCAAAUUUGCAUAUGAAUCCGAUCCACUUGGACUCCAGACCGGCGCCACUGAGAAGUCAAAGGAUGGCUUCGAGACUCUGCGAGUUGCCCAACAGGGACUUGAUUGGACGGUUCAGCCUCUUCCCAGUCAGGUUCUGGCAUCUAAGCAACUCUUUAACGACUUCAUCUCCAAGUCACGCAUGCAUGUCCUUGGCCUCCUGUCUUCUCUGUCAGAUGCCACAGGCCUUGAGGGCGCCGAGCGCUACGAACGCUCUCACCACGACGAUGGCCCUUCAAACUCAUCCAUGACCUUCCACCGCUACCCUUCUCGUCAAGUCCGUGACGACGAAAACGUCGGGCACAAUAAGCACACCGACAUCAGCAGCAUCGCCUUCCUGUUCGCCCAACAGUGGGGCCUGCAAGUUCCUGCUCGUGGUGCAAAGCCCGAGGACGAUGCCUGGGACUGGGUGCAACCCAAGGCCGGCCACGCCAUUUGCAAUGUCGGCGACUCGCUGCGCUUCCUGUCCGGUAUGCGUUUCCGCUCUGUGCUGCACCGAGUGAUGCCUGUUGCCGAGAUGGAGCAUGCGCACAGAUACUCCAUCGCCUACUUCUGCCGACCCGUCCACGGCACCAUGUUCCGCGAUUCGGAGGGCAGGAUGAUUUCUUGUGACGAGUGGUUCUCUCACAAGUUUGAUAUCUACCGUGCUACUCAUGAGGAACAGCGCAAGAACACUAUUCUUACUGGCGGCAUCGAGAGUGCUGAGAGUCGUGCCAGAAUCCACAGCGCUGUGGUCGUUUAG